AUGGAACCAAAUCGCGUAUUUAGUAUUUAUUUACCAGAUUCUUUAUACCAGAAAAUAGUAGACAAAGCAGGGAGGGGGAAAAUUAGCACUUUUAUUAAGCAAGUAUUAGAAAAAGAAUUAGGAAAUAAUGAAGAACAAUUAAAACAGCAACUUAUUAGUGAUUAUCAGUCCUUUGAUAAACUAAAAGAGUUUUCCAAACCUUACCGUCCAUGUCUAGUUGUAAGCAAUGACACCCAAAAUCAAUUUGAUAAGAAUAUAGUAGUGGUGGGACUGACUACUGACGAAAUGGAGAGGAUUCGGAGAUUUGAGGUUUUUAUUGAGAACACUCCCGAAACUGGAUUAGACCAGCCUAGUAAAAUUUGUUGUAAUUACCUCCAUACGGUUAAUAAAAAGUUGCGUCUAGUGGAUAAAAAACGCCUUGGAGUAGUCAGCAAAGAGGUAAUGGAAAAG